AACAGUGUUAUCAUGCCAUCCAACUCGUAUUCUCAAUUCCUUCAACCAAACAUGGAAUGGGUUCACUCCGUCCCAAAAUCAGAAGUGCAACCAAACAAUAGAUGGGUCGGCUCAAAAUCUGGAUUGGAUCCAACCCAAUCCAUUAAUCCCGCAACCAAACACACAGUUGGUUUCUGGGGCGGUCCCAAGAUACUCCCAGAAGAGGAAUACAACUCUGUACUCCUAAACUGGGGCAGGGGCGGCGCCCUCUACGAAGACAUACUGGGCGUCGAUGCCUGGGGUGAAGUCGAGAAGAAACUGGACCCCGCGAAGCUGGGCAGGGCCUUUUGCGACGGACGCCGUGCGCGUCCUGUCUCGCUACCCAGAUGUGGAGGAGGAUGAGAACCCCAGGCUGGCACUGGCAGGCAUCCUACUCAUGGUCUGCGAGUCCGCAAAGUUGAAUACUCUCCAUCAAUACUUUCUUGGUAGAUGGGACAACGGGAGCAGUACUGGCACACCAUCAAUACUGAUGAAUAACGGCUACACAAGAAGCGACGACAAGUGGCUCAUAAAUUUGCAAACGGGAACGGCAUCAGUUCUUAAGAGUCUGAGUGGCCCACAAGAUGCACUAGAUAUCGUUCACCUCGUGUUCAACUACUGCCCACGUCAAAUCGACAUGGAGUACACCAUCAAGGAUAAUAAAGAAGGGUUCACUACAUUCAUCGAGGAGCUGCGGAGAAAGCUCGCCGAUCACGAGCACCGGGAGAAUGUCUGGGAUGGCCAUCACCCAGUGCAGGCAGGCGUCGUCUUGUUGAACAGCAGCCAGCGCGGUGCUGCAACUGCGGGACGAGCAAACGUCGACUACCCUAGCCGUCCGGGAUGACACCGUGGACGUAGUUGGCUUCAUGAACCAGUAUGGAAGCUGGUACAAGAUUGGGGACGGCGGCCGAAGCAGCACCCUGAUGCUCCCACCAGAAUACGAAUCCGUAAGCCUAGACUGGGGCGAGAGGUACGAAGAUUUACUGCAGGUCCCUAGCCACCGGCAAGCCAUGGAGAAGCUGGACUCCGCGGGGCUGGGCAGGGACUUCGCGACCAAGGCCGUGCGCACGCUGUCGUGCUACCGUCCUGAUGUCCAGGUCCAGCAGGAGGGUGAUCUGAUUAUAAACGACCCCAGGCUGGCGCUGGCGGGCCUGAUUUUCAUGAUCAAGGAGUCCGCAAGGUUCAAUACUUUCCGUGACCGCUUUGCUCAUGUCUGGGAUUCGGACACCGGGGCGCGAUUCUUCAUGCAGGAACUGAUGUGUUGCAACAUCUACAGCUGGGCUAAAAUAUCACGCACUCUGCUGCGCUGGAAGAAGGACGGCUACCCCACGUGGAGCCCAAAAGCUGAAUAUGAUUACCUCAAGAACAUGGGAAUCGCGAGCGAAAAAAAUGCACUAGAUGCCGUGGGCCUCGUGUACAAUCUUAAUUUCCUCUUUUAAUAACCCCACGGCAUGGCCAAUCCUCUCUCUCUCUCUCAAAGGUUGGAGCCUUCCUCUUUUCAGUUCGUCAUGUGUGUUUCCACAGCUUUUGUAUGUGACCAUAUUUUAUAAACCCAUGUGGUUGUGUAAUAAGAAUAAAUGUUCCUCUGUCAAGUCCA